GCUAGACGUGCCUCGCUAGUACCGAUCAGUAACCAAUGACCAAUCACCAUCAUGCUUGGCUUGCUUGAUUUGAUGAUUUGAUGUCCACAUCAAUUAUAUAACACAAGUCUUUGGGUUGUGAGGAAAUCAUACAUUGAUUCCGCCACCAUUUUUCCGCUCCGACAUGGCGGGACAUUCUGCCUCCGAUGACCACCCCGACGCCGUCACCACUCCUCUCUUACUCAACCGGUGGCGCUACCCUCGCCUUCCGGACGCUGUCAAGCUUAAAACUUCCCUCUGGUCGGAGCUCUCCGGUGCCGUCGGUGACCUCGGCACGUACAUCCCAAUCGUUCUGGCUCUCGCUUUGGUGAACAACCUUGACCUCACCACCACUCUCGUCUUCACCUCCCUCUACAACAUCGCCACUGGUUUGCUCUUCGGGCUUCCCAUGCCCGUCCAGCCCAUGAAGUCUAUCGCUGCCGUUGCCAUCUCUGAAUCGCCUCCCCUCACUAUUCCCCAAAUAGCUGCCGCCGGUCUCUCUGUUGCCGCCGUUCUCCUCCUCCUCGGCUGCACAGGCCUCAUGUCCUUCCUCUACCGUUACCUCCCUCUUCCCGUAGUUCGCGGCAUCCAACUCUCCCAAGGUCUCCAGUUCGCGUUCUCUGCCGUGAAAUAUAUUCGCUACUACCAAGACAUUCCCACCUCGAAAUCUGGUCCCCCUCGCUCAUGGCUCGGCUUCGAUGGACUCGUCGUCGCUCUCUCCGCCGUUCUGUUUCUCAUCUUGACCACCGGAGCCGGCAUCGACGAUCACAGCGAAACAGUGAAUCUCAACAACAGAGAAGAAAACGGAACUCAACCCGACCCGAAACUCAAGAUUAGACGGAGAUUGCGGGUUUUGUCAGCAAUUCCAGCUGCUCUCAUAGUGUUCUUAUUCGGCUUGAUCCUCUGUUUUCUCCGUGACCCUUCUAUGAUCAAAGAUCUGAGAUUGGGUCCGUCGAAGAUUUCUCUAAUACACAUCACGUGGGAGGAUUGGAAAAUAGGGUUUCUUCGAGCAGCAAUUCCACAGAUUCCUCUUUCAAUUUUAAACUCUGUGAUCGCAGUGUGUAAGCUCUCAGGCGAUUUGUUCCCCGAGAAAGAAGCUUCGGCGAUGAAGGUUUCGGUGAGCGUUGGACUCAUGAACUUCGUGGGGUGCUGGUUCGGUGCCAUGCCUUGCUGCCAUGGCGCCGGCGGGUUGGCUGGUCAGUAUCGAUUUGGGGGAAGGAGCGGAGCUUCAGUGGUGUUCCUGGGGAUUGCGAAACUGGUGCUGGCUCUGGUUCUGGGGAACUCUUUCGUGAGAAUUCUGAACGAAUUCCCAAUAGGAAUUCUUGGGGUGCUUCUGUUAUUUGCAGGGAUUGAACUGGCCAUGGCUUCCAAGGAUAUGAACACGAAGCAAGAGUCGUUUGUGAUGCUGGUUUGUGCUGCUGUUUCUCUCACAGGCUCUGGUGCUGCUCUGGGAUUUGGAUGUGGCAUAGUGCUGUAUCUGCUUUUGAAAUUGAGGGAAUUUGACUGGUCUUCCACUUCAACCUUGUCCAAAACUUCUGGGGAAGAAGGAACAAGCUUGAUUGCUUAGACAAUAUCUGGUUCAGGUUCCACUUUUUGCAGCCACAUAUGGGUGCAAAGGAUCACACGCAAUGUGAUCACGUGGGAGCUUCCCGUUUUCUCCACUUGCCUUAUUUUCUUUCUUUCUUACAUUUUUUGGGGCAAGUUUCUCUAUUUUACUUUCCCUGCUUAAUAUUGUGUAUUAUAAAUUAUAUAAUCUGAACAAUAUAUAAUUACUUAAUUAUAACCUUCA